AUGGGUAUCUCUCGCGACUCCCGUCACAAGCGCUCCGCUUCCGGUGCCAAGCGUGCCUAUUACAGGAAGAAGCGCGUUUUCGAGGCUGGCCGCCAGGGUGCCAACACCCGCAUCGGCGCCAAGCGCGUGCACACCAUCCGCACCCGCGGCGGUAACACCAAGCACCGUGCCCUGCGCCUCGAGACCGGCAACUUCGCCUGGGGCUCUGAGGGCUGCACCCGCAAGACCCGUAUCAUCGGCGUCAGCUACCACCCGUCCAACAACGAGCUGGUCCGCACCAACACCCUGACCAAGAGCGCCGUCGUCCAGGUCGACGCCGCCCCCUUCCGCCAGUGGUACGAGGCCCACUACGGCCAGUCCCUCGGUCGUCGCCGCCAGCGCGCCCAGGCCGCCAAGGAGGGCAAGGCCGAGGACCAGGAGGAGACCAAGAGCAAGUCGGUCGAGAAGAAGCAGGCCGCCCGCUUCGCCAAGCAGGGCAAGGUCGACUCCGUCAUCGAGAAGCAGUUCGAGGCCGGUCGCCUCCUCGCCGUCGUCUCUAGCCGCCCUGGCCAGUCCGGCCGCUGCGACGGUUACAUCCUCGAGGGCGAGGAGCUCGCCUUCUACCAGCGCAAGCUCCACAAGUAA